CGUAGAUUAUCUAAAAUUAAAAGAAGUCCAAAGUAAUUACAUUAAGUGGAAGAUGCCUUAAGUGUAUUUUUUUUUGUUUUGUAUUUUACCUAAGAGUAAGAAAAACUAAAAUAUGUGGGCUAAUAAGGUUAGCAACAUCAAUGAUGAGUUUGUAAAAUCAUUCAAUAUCGAAUACAAAAAGAAGAACGUGUCGCAGGAUAAUGAUGAAACAAAUGGUUGGUUCUUCAAUGUAAACGACCGUGUAUCGUGCACUGCCUGCUUUGGCGUGCGUGUGUUUGUGCUAGUGUUGCUAAUUGCGUUACUCUUCAUUUACACUGUGUAUAUUGAAUUCACUUUGCUAUCCCACCAUACUGUUACCAUUGAUUCUAGUGAAGAAAUAAAUAUACAACCCAGCAGUAUGUUAAAGGUGGAUAAAGUAGUGUCAUGUUACUACAACACGCCCAGCCCGGGGUCUGCGAUGCAGCUGGCGCCCUCCGCCAUCCACCCACACCUUUGUACACAUAUCAAUGUUGCUUUUGCUCAAAUUAGAAACAAAGUAAUUUAUUUAGAUAAUGAGCAGUAUAAAGCAUUAUCUGAAGUUGUAUUGUUAAAGAGAAUGAAUCCCAAUUUAAAAAUAUUGCUCUCCAUUGGAGGUGCUGGAAAUGACACUGGCUUUCCAAAUAUGGUGAUUAACCAUGCAUCCAGAAAAACAUUCAUCAAAAGUGUUAAAAAUGUGCUUAGAACAUAUGGAUUAGAUGGUAUAGAUUUAGACUGGGAGUUUCCUUUGGUUCAUGUUGAUGUCAACAUGUAUAAGCGGCAACGGCAACAUUUCUCACAGCUUCUUAGGGAAAUCAGGAUGGAGUACAUAAGGGAAAAUAGAAAUUAUUUGUUAACUAUGGCUGCAGCUGCUCCGGAAACAAUUGUGGAUGUGGCAUAUGAUGUAGAUCAGAUCAACUUGUAUGUUGAUUAUGUGAAUGUGAUGACAUAUGAUUUCCAUGCGUUCAGUAAGUACACUCCAUUCACUGGACUUAACUCCCCUUUGUACCGAAGGAAUACGGAACAGAUGUAUCUAGCCACUUUAAAUAUAAAUUACACAGUACAUUUAUACCUAAACAAGGGCCUGGACCGAAGUAAAAUAGUAGUAGGUAUACCUACAUAUGGACACUCCUUUACAUUGGUCAAUGCUAACAAUGGGCAAGUUGGCAGUCCCGCAGCGGGCUAUGGCACCCUGGGAGGACUGGGGUUUGUGAAUUAUCCAGACAUAUGUAAGUUUAUAGUUAAAUUCCAAAGUGAAGUUAUUAUACAAUUAGAUCCCGAUGCCAAGGUGCCAUACCUCCACAGAGGAGCAGAAUGGAUAUCUUAUGAUACGCCUCAAAGUGCCAUGGAGAAAGCAAAUUAUAUAAAAGAACAGAAUUUGCGCGGUGCAAUGAUUUAUUCUCUGAAUGCAGAUGACUAUGAAGGACUCUGUGGUGAGGAGAUAGAAGGCAGUUUAAAGUUUCCAUUAGCGGUGUCAGUGAAACAUGCGCUGGCAGACAAAGUGAAAUCAAAUUAAAGAGUAUUGGGGCAUAUAAUAUCACCUGUUGCAAAUUGUCAUGUGGAAUGUUCGAUGAUGCUUAGUAUUGUCUGAGAUGUUUCCAGGCAUGCAAUAAAAAUGUACCUUUUUC